AUGGCCAAGCGCCUCUUCCACUCCUGCCGCUCGCCCUCCGCCGCCGCCGCGGUCACCCCGACAGCCACCCUCCUCCGCAGCGAGCGCCCGCCCGUCGUCCCGGCCCCCGCGGGCGGCGCGUGCUGCCCGCGCCGCGGCCCUCUUCGGCGGCGCCAGCCACAGCCCCCGUCAGCCUGCGGCGCCGGGGGCUGCGCGGUGGACUACGGCGCCGACGACCUCCCGCCGGCGCGUGGCACGCCCGCGUACCGGUGGCUGAAGAGCUCCCGCUGGCACGUCGUCGAGGCCGCGGACGCGUACGCCUCCGACGGCGACGGCGACCAAACGCCCCGCGUGAAGAUCGACGCGCGGCGCCGGGUGCGGCACUCGCGCCGGCGGCGGCGCAGGGUGCUCUACCGCAGGGCGGCGGCACCCGGGAGCUGGUCGUCGGGGGACAGCGGCUGGUUCAGCAGCGACGACGACGACGGCGGGCCGUUCGGGGCGGAGUCGUCGUCGUCGGCGCUGCAGGUGGCGUCCACCACCACGACCGAGUCCUCGUCGACGGGCGCGAGCGGGAACAGCGCCGGCGCCGUCGCCCGCGCCCCGGCGAGGCGGGAGAAGUCAGCGGCCGCGAUGGCCGGGGGCUUCGCGGUGGUGAAGCGCUCCGACGACCCGCGCGGCGACUUCCGGCGGUCCAUGGCGGAGAUGGUCGUCGGGCGCGGCAUCUACGACGCGGACGGCCUGGAGCGCCUGCUGCGGUGCUUCCUGGCGCUCAACGACCGGCGCCACCGCCGGGACAUCGUCGCCGCGUUCGGCGACGUGUGGGAGGCCAUCUUCGCCAACCCGCCGCCCUCCCACUCCAACGCCAACCCUGCCGCCGCCUCCUCCCACGCUUCGAGCUGCAAGGCUGCAGCCGUGACUCGUCCCUAGACGGCUAGAAGGCCAACGUGCUUAUUACACACGUAGGCUUAUCAGGUAAAAAUGCGAUUAAUAUGUACAUGUAGGCGUCUGUAAAUUACGUUUUCUUGCUCGGUCUCGCGGCUCCUGCUCCUUUCCCGCCUCCUGCAUGCUAGCGCCGCUGCUCUUUUUCAGCUGUGGAAAUUGGCGUCGCGACCCUGACGCCUGACCUGAUGUGAUGUGACCUGUUUUCGCGUACGCGUCAAGCAUUGGCAUUGCUUGCCGGCCAUUUCGUGCACGCCGGUCUGAAGCGCCGGUAGAAGAAGAAAAGCAUUGAAUUCCUUGUCGGUGUAUCUGCUCGGCUACUAUUUUCUUCCGAGUUCCAGCACCGCAGGCAGCCAGCCAUGGCCCGUGCGACCAAACAUGGAUGUGACGCGCGCACAAGCACUGGCUUCCAUUUGGUGCUCGCCGUCGGCUCCAUUUUGGUGGGGGAAUAACAAAGAAUUCAGACAAAGAAAACAAAAGACAAUCAGCUCGCUUCAGUGAUUUGCUAAGUUGGUGUCUUUUCCGGAAAGUUUUAUUGCUUAAUCGUUCUUAAGGAACGCUAGAGAGAAAACACCCACGUCUGGGCAUGAUUCACUUGCAGGAAAAGGCUGUGCAGAAAGAGAGCAAACAGUUGACGUGAUAUGAUUUGAUGCGACAUACAUUUACUGAUAGACUAGUACGUA